AUGUCUGCGAAUCCGACAGUUCUCCUCUUCAAGUGCCAGAUUCAGGGCGGAUCAGCGGCGCUUUUUGUCACCACCGGUGCCUUGAUGAUUUUCUAUUUCCAGUACGAGAAGGCAAGGCUCGAACGAAAACGAAUUGUGGAAAUGAGCAAAGGGUACGGCAAACCGAAGGUCGGCGGUCCUUUCACCUUGAGGGACGUCAACGGCAAGGAAUUUACGGAGAAGGAUCUUUUGGGGAAAUACUCUCUGGUAAGGGAACAUAUGGCGAGUAUCUCAAUGGGCGAGGCUGACUGGAGGGAAAUGCUGCAGAUUUACUUUGGCUUCAGCCACUGUCCGGAUAUCUGCCCUGACGAGCUAGACAAGAUGGGCGAGGCGAUCGACAUCAUUCAAGAGAAGGCGCCCAACACCCUACGCUCGAUAUUCAUCUCCUGCGACCCGAACCGCGACACGCCGGAAGUGUUGAAGGCCUACCUGGCCGAGUUCCACCCCUCCAUCACCGGACUAGCAGGAACGUGGCUUCAGACGAAAGAAGUGUGCAAGCAGUACAGGGUGUAUUUCUCCACGCCACCAGAGCUCAAGCCAGGUGAGGAAGACUACCUGGUUGACCACAGUAUAUACUUCUACGUGAUGGAUCCCGAGGGUGAUUUUGUGGAAUGCAUUGGCAGACAAGAUACCCCCGAAAGUGCAUCUGCAAUCGUCCUGCAGCACGUUAGGGACUGGAAGAAGGAGGGUAAGCCUCUCGACACGACGCCUCUGCCAUAUCUCAGUGCGGACAAACCAGAAAGCACCCGGGCGUGA